AAACUUAAUUGCAAUGAAAUUGAUUGGACAUUAAUCUAGUAGUUGCUAAUCCAGUCUCUGAGAAACCAAGAUGGGAAGGUGAUCGAAUUCUUUUAAGGGCUGGAGGUGGCCAUUUGUACAGUUUAUGUGAAGACAGUAGAGAAAACCAAAAAAUGGAAGCGAAGCGACACCCAUAGUUCCUGGCACGUUAUUAUCCAUGAAUGUCGAAUGUAGAGAAUUGACUAAUGGGCAGCGGCUAUUACCACAACACAACAUACCAGAAAACUGACACAAACGUCCUAGUUUAUAAAUAGAUUCCUUCCACUGCUAGAAGUUUCCUUCUUGCUUUUUAUUUUUUUUCCUUUGCUUCAGUUUACCGUUUCCUUCCCUAUCUUCCAUCUAUCAAUUUAGGGUUCCUUCAAUUUUAAUUUAUUGGGUUGUCUUAUUUUCUAUAAUUCGCUCUUUUGAGACCAAAAAUUUCUGUUUUCUCCAAAUGGGUCUCUGGGAUUCCCUUCUGAACUGGCUCCGGAGUUUAUUCUUUAAACAGGAAAUGGAGCUAUCCCUUGUUGGUCUUCAGAAUGCAGGAAAGACGUCUCUUGUUAAUGCAGUUGCUACCGGAGGAUACAGUGAGGACAUGAUUCCAACUGUUGGAUUCAAUAUGAAGAAAGUUACAAAAGGCAAUGUGACAAUAAAGCUCUGGGAUCUUGGAGGGCAGCGGAGAUUUCGAAGCAUGUGGGAGCGUUACUGUCGUGGGGUCUCUGCGAUUCUAUAUGUAGUUGAUGCUGCUGAUAGAGACAGUGUUCCAAUAUCUCGAAGUGAAUUGCAUGACCUCCUGGUAAAACCCUCCUUGAGUGGAAUUCCUUUGCUUGUUCUUGGUAACAAAAUCGACAGGUCUGAAGCUCUUUCAAAGCAAGCUUUGGUGGAUCAGCUAGGUCUUGAAUCAAUUACAGAUAGAGAGGUGUGCUGCUAUAUGAUUUCAUGCAAGGACUCAAUAAACAUAGAUGUUGUCAUUGACUGGCUUAUCAAACACUCAAAAACAGUAAAAUGAUCUGUGAUUUGACCUUUAUUCUAGACAGUCGUCUUUUCUGAAGUGAUGAAGGUGAAGAUCCUCAAGCUUAAGAGCAGAAUUGAUGAUACCUAGUGGAAUUUAUUUCCUGUACCUGGUUGUGUUUCAAGCAUUUUGUACAGUUGUGGAACUAUUGAGACAAGUUGUUAAUGCAUUGUUUUAUUUAUUCUUUUUUCCCCUCCCA